CCUCUAAAUAACCAGCCUAACCUUCAAAGCUCAAACCCUCCUUGAAUCUCUGUUAAGCUUUCUUUUACGUUCUCUUUAUUGGUUUCUGAAACGUUCAUCAACUUUAUAUAGCACAAGCUAGCCCUAAGUUUAAGUUUUGGUUUUCAUCAGCUCGAGGUUAUUGUCUGAUCGGUUUCUGAGUUUGUUUGGUAGAGUCUUUUAUGUCACAACCGCGGAGUUUGUUUUCGCAUGAGGUGGCCGAUCUGUGCCUGGGGAAGCCCCCGCUGAAGUCGGUUUCGAUCGCCGCCACCGUCGGCGAGGCGUUGUCAGCGCUGAAGAGGCUCGGCGAGACCUUCCUCAGCGUGUGGAGCUGCAACCACGCUGAGAGGAACAACGACGUCAUUGUGGAGGAGGAGUGUCGGUGCGUAGGGAAGGUUUGCAUGCUCGAUGUGAUUGCCUAUUUGGGGAAAGAAGAGAACCGUUCGUCUCCGGCCAAAGCCCUCGAGGCUCCGCUUAAGGUUUUGAUUCUCAGGGAACCCGCCACCGCCCUUGUUAGGCAUUUGGAAUCACACGCCAGCUUGGUGGAGGCUAUGGAUUUGAUUCUGGAAGGUGCACAGAAUCUUGUGAUACCAUUGGAAAGCCGGAGGAACACAGGCUUGAGGAACAAGCUUCUCCACAGCAACUCCUUCAACCCCACCGUCCACAACAACCGGGAAUACUGCUGGCUCACACAAGAAGACAUUGUCCGGUACCUACUCAACUCGAUUGGGUACUUUAGCCAUGUAUCGAACACCGCCAUCAACACCCUCCACAUCAUUGACUCCAUAAACAUGCUCGCAGUCCAUUAUGAUGACCCUGCCUCAGCUGCAUUACCUCUGAUCUCUCAGUCCCUUGUGCAGCAAACUUCAGUUGCUAUUCUUGAUGGGGAAGGCAUUGUGAUCGGGGAGAUCUCGCCUUAUACCCUCAACACCUUCCACGAGUCGGUGGCAGCUGCGAUCGUGACGCUAUCUGCUGGGGAACUGAUGGCGUACAUUGACUGUGGUGGUCCGUGGGAUGACCAAGUGCAGCUGGUGAAAGACAGGUUGCUGGAGAAGAAGUAUGAGGGGUUGUUGGAGUUGAUGGAAGAAGACUUCACAUUCUCGUCUUCUUCUUCCAUAUGUUCAACUUCAUCGGACGAAGAGUUUGGCCAGGGAAGGAGUUGGAGGCUAGGAGGGUACUCGGCAAGGCUGGUGAGGAGAUCAGAGGCAAUCGUGUGCUAUCCAUGCAGCUCAUUGGUGGCUGUGAUGGUUCAGGCUCUUUCUCAUCGUGUGAGUUAUGUGUGGGUUGUUGAUGAGGAUAGAACCUUGUCUGGUAUUGUUACCUUUGCAAGCAUGUUCAAAAUUUUUCGGGAUCGUUUGAGGUUCAUGGCAUAGAUCUGAAGUUCAAAAAUUGUAGACCGCUGUAGUGCUGUUAUGAUGAAUUUUUUCCUUUGGGGAAGUUUGUAAUCUACUUUUUGAAAAUGGAAAUUCACUUCUGUUUUUCAGA